CAGACCUCUUAAAUUCAGACAGGUGGCAGCUCUAGUGCCACUACUUUCUGCUCUGCUCAUCCUCAGAGGCUUUCGGCCACGAUCCUGGCUGGCUGAACCCUUGGGCGGAAGGGAAAAACUCUAGCCAUCUUUCAUUUCCCCCCACCCAGUCCCAGAAACAACCCCUUCAGGGGAUCUCUUGCUGCGCUUUCCAACUCAGAUCCGGGUAGGGGAAAAAGAGAACCCGGACGGUAAUUCGGAUUCCUUCCACUUCUCUAUUCUCGUUCUCACAUGGAGCUUGAGCCGUUGUGUCGUUCGGUCGCAUGACUCACCGCUACUCCACGGAUCUCGCUCUUUGCCGCCUCCCGUCUCCGCUACGGGAUCCCUUCAGCAGUAGCAGCAGCGGCAGGCACCGAGAGCCACGGGGAGCGGGCGGAAAGAUUGGGUUCCCUUGCCAGUCUACCACCAACGUCCGCUGGAGGCCGCCGGCAGCUGCGGACGCGCCUUGCCGGCGGAGGGGUGGGGGGAGAGUGAUCGCGUCGCGGAGACCCCACAGCACCCAAAAGAGGCAAGAAGGGGCGUCCCGGGUGGGUGGUGGUGGCAGCGGCCGCUAGGCGGCGGUGUGGAGCGCGGUCAGCUUGCUCCCCUGGCUCGCUCGGAGCUUUCGGCCACAACCGGAGACUCGUGCAGCGCCUGCCUCCCAAUUUCUUGCCUGUCCAAGAUCCGUCGCCGCCUCAGCUGGGCAAGACCACAAAGGGGAAGUUUCUCACAGAGCUAUUUCCAAGCGCGCCGCGACAGGGGCUGAAGGAGGGGAAGGAGGAUUUGGGUAGAGGCAGAAGACGAGGCUUUCUCCUCGCUCGCUCGCUCGCCCGCCCGCCCGACCGCCGUCCUUCCUCUCGCCGUGCUGUCGCGGGGCUCAAAUCCCCGGGACUCGACUGGGAAGCCCAGUGCUUCGCCAAGUGCCGCCUGAAGGGAACUUCCAUCCACGAGAGGGGGACACGCGUCCCUCAGGAAUUCCGGGCAGAGAACCCCUGAGGAAAAGAAGCAACCGGAGCAGCAGUUACUCCUGCAACUGUCGCCUCUAUCCAGGACGUUGCCGUGGCCAAGUACCUGAGGGCUGGUUGGUUACCACACCCCGGUUGCGGUUACCGAUACGGCGCACGAAUCUGGCUGAGUUUGAUCCCGGGGCUAGAGAGCUUCACUCGAGAGGGCACCACCAAAGCAUCUAUCUACAUCACCACUCUCACAUCUGCAAAGCCUGGCUUCCUGCUGGGGUUGCCUGCAGAUGUGGUGCUUAUAAAGACUGUGCUAGAUAGCCUGUGCCAUUCCAGAAGGAAGCCACUCCUUGCAAGACAGCUGGCCAGGGACAACCCAAAACGAGCAAACGGGAGGUCCCCAAUAAAUCUGACCUUAUCCUGCUUUUGUGCCAGUCCACUGGCAUCAUAAGAGAGUAUCUGCCAAACUAGUUGGGUCUCUUCCUUGUGUCUCAGUGUUUGUUCUGUGCCUCUGGCAUCAUCCUCUCCCAAGACAAUGCUUUAAAUAAUCAAAGAUUCCACAAUCAUCUGGAUUUUAUUUUGUGCUAGUAUUUGGCAGUUAUCCAAGCAGUGGCACAGAAAAGACCUCUCUAGAUUCAGCUCCACUGAUCUCCAACAACUGCCCAUGCCAAGUGGAAGAGACCACCAGCUACCGCCUGCUCUGCUGAUGAUUGUCUACGUUGGGCCCCUUGCAUGAGACAACCAGAGUUUCCACACUGAAACCAACCUUUGUCCUACUACUAACCACCCAGAGUGCAAGGAAAUCUCCUUCUCCUCAGGAUGUCAGUUGUGCGAAGAAAGUUUGGCGAUGACUAUCAGGCAGUGGUGGCUGCACCAUCCCAUCGGAAACGGCAGCGCUUUGUUGACAAGAACGGCCGCUGUAAUGUCCAGCAUGGCAACCUGGGCAGUGAGAACAGUCGCUACCUUUCCGAUCUCUUCACCACUCUGGUGGACCUCAAGUGGCGUUGGAACCUUCUCAUUUUCUUGUUGACCUACACUGUGGCUUGGCUGGUGAUGGCCUCCAUGUGGUGGGGAAUUGCUUAUUUGCGUGGGGACCUAGAUAUACACCAGAGCCCCAGUUCAGGACAUAACCCCUGUGUGGCUAAUGUCUACAACUUUCCCUCAGCCUUCCUCUUCUUUAUUGAGACAGAAGCCACCAUUGGCUACGGCCAUCGCUACAUUACUGAGCGCUGUCCAGAAGGAAUCGUGCUUUUUCUGUUCCAGUCACUGCUGGGCUCUGUGGUAGAUGCCUUCCUCAUCGGAUGCAUGUUCAUCAAAAUGUCCCAACCCAAGAAACGUGCUGAAACUCUAAUGUUUAGCCGUGCUGCUGUCAUCUCGCAGCGAGAUGGAAAACUCUGCCUUAUGUUUCGGGUGGGCAACCUCCGCAACAGCCACAUGGUCUCAGCCCAGAUCCGUUGCAAACUCAUUAAGUCACGACAGACACCAGAAGGAGAAUUCUUGCCACUAGACCAAUGUGAGCUUGAUGUUGGAUUUGGAACCGGGGCCGACCAACUGUUCCUCGUUUCUCCUCUAACCAUCUGUCAUGAAAUCAGUGAUAAGAGUCCCUUUUUUGCCCUCUCGCAAAGAUCCCUAAGGAGCGAGCAGUUUGAAAUUGUCGUAAUCCUUGAAGGCAUUGUUGAAACUACAGGAAUGACAUGCCAAGCCAGAACAUCUUAUACAGAAGAUGAAGUCCUCUGGGGCCACAGGUUCCUUCCUGUGAUGUCCCUGGAAGAUGGCUUUUUCCGUGUAGAUUAUUCCCAAUUUCAUAGCACCUUUGAAGUUCCAACGCCUCCCUAUAGUGUGAAAGAGCAAGAAGAGAAUUUGGCUCUUCCAUCACCUCUGAACACCCCUACUGGGAGUCAUAGGAGUCGACGGGAAAAGAUCUCCUCUCUUGACUGUCUCGAUUUUUUUGAAGAGAAAAGCAGCCGCCUUCCCAGCAAAUUUCAGAGGCUUUGUACAGGGAAGGUGGAUCUCCAGAGAGGUAUCCCAAGCCUUUGCUCCACCAAUGUUGAGAAAGCUUGCAGCACUGGUGACCUCUUGAAAAUCCAGCAGAUCAGUUCUGUCUGCAACAUGGAGGAGGAAGGUGAAAAGUUGAAGUUGGCUGCCUUCAAAACCAAAUCAGAGCUCCUGGCUCGGUCCACUGGGAACCUCGAAUUCCAGCAGAGACCUCAACUCUUGCAUACCCUAGGGGCAAGAUUGGAGGAUCAUUUGCCUGCCAAGUUACGAAAAAUGAAUUCAGGGCUUUUCUCUUAAAAGAGCAGACAGACAACAGUGUAUGCAGGUUUCCACAGCUGGGGAAUAAGCCAGUCUCCUCCGAGAGGUGCUCUUGAGAUGGGUGAGAUGAGAUUCCUGUCGUUAUUUUCAUGAGUGUUCUGAAGAUGCUGAGCUGACAAAAGUUGGAUUUGGGAAUGACUGUAUGAACUCUUUUCCUGGGUGUGAAGUUUCUUCCUUCGGGAGAUUCCUCACAAUUUCAGGCUUUGAACUUUUCAGAGGUAAUGGGCUGGUUUGGGUGUCCAGGUUAAAUUAGGAAAGUGCGAAAAUUCCUUCGAAUGGUGUCUCGGUUCCUAGUGACUGUGUGGAAUCAUCUUUGACCUCAUAUGGAAGUGGAUUUUCUAUUGCUUCCAACUGGGAUUUUUUUUUUUGGACUUCCUAGUCUAGCCUUCCCAGUCUUGGCCAUCCCUCAUGAUAUUUCAUCCAACCAUGAACCCGUCUCACCUUGUGUAGCUUUUCUGGGGUGGCCCAAGGUCAAUUAGGAACUGCCAUCUGCUAAGGGCUAAGCGCAUAUAAAUCUCGUAAAGAAUUAGGACUCCAAUGGCGAUGGGAACAUAAGGAUCACUUGACUGUAUUUCGUUCUCCCAAAAAGGCAGGCUUCUGAGUCUUGUUGAACCAGGCAGUAGCAGCAGUCAAGGUCACCUCACAGAAAGACUUUCCUCACGAUGGGAAUUGCAUGGCAGACUCUGACGAUGUCAAAUAAAGUCAGUUUUUUAUCCCUCCCCAAAGGGACAAAUGAUUUCCAGAAAGGGUAACCCUGUUGGUCUGAAUCCGUGCAAAAUAACUGAUGUGGAAUCCCAGGAAGGCUAUAGGGGAAGAAGUUGCUUCUUUUACAACCCUGCCAGUGAGUAGUCCCUUUAACACAGAAAUGCCUCCGAAACAUUUAAUGUUAAAUGAUUUUGAUUGUGUCAGAAUGGAAAAGUUAGUACAUGAAUGAAACUGAUCAUACUAUCUGUACUGAAUUAAUUUAAUUUCCAUUCAAUUUAAAUUCAAUUUAAACUCCACCCAGUCUGGAACUCCUUUUUUCAUAUGCCACCCAAAAGAGAAGAAUGGUCUGAAAAUGCUUCUAAAUUCUUGAAAUAGAAGUGGAUUUUUCAUUCUGUUCCAUUUCAUUCUUUCUUGCAUUUAACUUUUCUAUUCCAUUACUACUAAUACAAGGGGAAAUACCCUGCUUUCAGAAUUGACAUAUCUGUUGUCCUAUUUAGCCAUCUGGCAGAAUGAAAA